GCUCUGGUGGUGCUUUUGAAAGAAGACUAGUGUGCUUCUAAAAUGGCUGCGGAGGUUGGAGUACUUGCAGCAAUUCAGUUUGCGUAUGAUGAAGCUAAAAAGAGAUUAGAAAAUGUAGAAGAAGACAUUCGAAAAAUAACUGGGAGAGAACCUCCUACAGAAUUUCGGAAACGAGAUUCUCGAUUUGAAGAUGGGCCUCCAUCUAAGAAAAGAAUUAUUAGCAGUGCCUUCAGAAGAUUGGGGAGCCAUAAAGAAGAUUCCAGGGACAUUUCAAGAACUCAAGAUCAUCAGAACAACUCCAGCACAGCACCACGGGAAUUAGGAACCCAGAAACAAGAUCUGCAGGAUGAAGGUAGUGGAGAAGAAGAUGAACCUACAACAAAGCCUUCUCUCCAAUCUUCUGUUGUUGCAACUGUUACAAGUGUUCGCACCCGUAAAGCUACUCUUGAGGCUCAGAAAGGGGACAGGAAAAACAUGGAAAGGAACCGUAGAAUGUUUGGAAUGAUAUUGGGAACUCUACAGAAAUUUCAACGUGAAGAAUCAAGUAGGAAAGAACAGACACAAAAGCGAGAAGAGAUAGAAAAAAAGUUAGAGGAAGCAGCUGUACAAGAAAAGGAAGAAGCCCUAAAAAGAAAAAAACAAUUAUUCCGUGAAAGGAGAAAAAAGCAAGCUGAAAUCAGAUGUCUUGACCAGAAAAUGGAGCUAGCAAGGAUACAUGAUGAAUGGGAAAGUAGACAGAGGCUACUAAUGAAGUUUAUACAAACCAAGACCAGACCACACAUCAUGUACCUGCCAGCCAAAGCCUCACCUGAAUCUGAGAAACGGCUCAGAGAGAGUCAGCAGAAGAGACAAGAAAUAAUUGUGGCUCAGUCGGCUAAAAUCCAGGAGGAGUUGCAGGAGAUAGAUGAGUUGUACCAAAGAGAUGAAGAGCCUGAAGAGGAGCCUGAACAGCCAGAGACAGGCAUAGAUAAGGAGAAUAAAGGGCCAGGAGAUGGUGAGGGUGAGAUGGUGGAGGAACAAGUGGAGAUGAAAGCUGAAAAGUUAAAUCAUACAGAAGAGGAAACACCUCAGGUAACAGAAGGUAAGGAAGUAGGGGAUGGAGAUGUCAAUGUUGGUAUUGCAGUACUAGAAAAUGUUGUUGUCCCAUCCGAAACCGAAGGUGAAAAGGAGCAAGAUAAUAAAAAUAGUCAACCAAUUGAGUCUUUAGGUGAUCAAGAAUUUGAACCAAUCUAUGAUGAUGAUUGAAAUCUCGAUUUUGUUUUUUAUUUGUAAAAAAGAAGGAAAAUUAAAAAUUUUAUUUCUGUAUGCAAGGUAUUGAAAGGACACAAUUAUUCUUUUGGGUAAAGAUUAAGUUGUACAGAAACAAAAUUGACUGUUUCAAAUGAUGUAUGAAAAUAUACCAUUUGAAACUUGUUCAUUGUUAUUUCUGUAUAAAUGUCCAACUUUUGUGUCCAAAACAUUGUGUCAUUCGUGAUGAGACCUUUCAUUUACAUUGUCAGGAAAGAGGGACAGGGUCAGUGAAAGGAGACCUUUCAUUUACGUUGUCAGGAAAGAGGGACAGGGUCAGUGAAAGGAGACCUUUCAUUUACGUUGUCAGGAAAGAGGGACAGGGUCAGUGAAAGGAGACCUUUCAUUUACGUUGUCAGGAAAGAGGGACAGGGUCAGUGAAAGGAGACCUUUCAUUUAC